AUGGAACCCUCGGGUUAUGUAUCCCGGGAUGUCAAAUAUUACCGAGGUAGCGUCGCCUCAGCGCCUGCGGUGUUCAACGUCGAUCCUUUCGCUUCUCCAAGACGUUUUUCGAAGCAGAUAGUUGUCGAAGACCGCGGUCGCCAAUCAAAAUACAUGUUACCAAACACCUCUACGGAGAGCCUACCGUCGAUUUAUUCCGAAAAGUCAAAGGAGGUGCCGAAAGAAGUACAACCGGCUGGAAAAGUGGAUGCAGCACCUUCCAUGGGACCAACGUUCCCAGAGGGGGGAUUGGUUGGCUGGGGGACUGCGUUAGGCGCGUUUAUCAUUCAGUUUUGCGGAUUCGGGUAUUCUACCUCCUUUGGAGUCUUUCAAGACUUUUAUGUUCGCGAGUAUCUGACGAAAGAAAGCUCAUCAUCCAUUGCAUGGAUCGGCAGCAUAAACGCUUUCUUGGUGAUAUCAGGAGGCCUUUUAGCAGGGAGAGUGUACGAUCGCGGUUACUUCUAUGCAUUACUCUGGGGAGGAUCCGCGAUCAUCUCAUUCUCAUUGUUUAUGCUCUCUCUUGCACAGAAAGGAGAAUACUAUCAAAUAUUCUUAUCUCAAGGGCUAGGUGUCGGAUUAGGAGUUGGGAUGAUCUACGUCCCCUCAGUCGCCAUCCUUUCGCACUACUUCAAACAACGCCGGAGUCUAGUCAUGACCGUAGUGGCGACUGGAUCAUCCCUUGGGGCCGUAGUGCAUCCUAUCAUGCUCAACAACCUUCUCCCAAAGAUUGGAUUCGCAAAGGCGACCAGAGCAAACGCUGGGAUGAUUUCUGGACUUCUCCUGCUCGCUUGUUUGAUUAUGAAGACGAGGCUUCCACCCCCUGCUACGACGCCUGAUUUGAAGAAAUCGUUGGUCAAGUUCUCGAAGGAUAAAGCUUAUAUAUUUUCUACCCUGGGCUUCUUCUUCUUCAUAAUAGGUUUUUUCUACCCCAUUUUUUACCUGCAGUUGGAUUCGAUCACGCAUCAUCUAAGCCCAAACUUUGCGUUUUAUUCGCUCGUUGUGAUGAACGGAUGCUCAUGUAUUGGAAGGAUCUUUGCGGGGUUCUCUGGAGGUCUAUUUGGAAUCGGAAAUCUUGUGGUAUUCUGCACAGCGUGCUGUAGUAUCCUUAUAUUUUUCAUGAUAGGCAUAUCCGAGGUCUCGAGUGUGGUACUCUUUGCAGUGGUGUAUGGCUUCUUCUCUGGUGCCUACAUUGCAUUAAUGGCGCCAAUGAUCGCUAAUCUCGCAGAUGACGUUUCCGAGAUUGGUCUGCGUAUGGGAAUCAGCUUCACUGUCGCUGGAAAGUAUCAUGACAAUCUGUUUGCAUUUUUUCGGAAUUUUUACCCUUCUUCCUCAGGAUUUGGAGGGCUGAUAGGCGCCCCUAUUCAAGGAGCGUUGCUGACUUCAUCAUUUAUCUGGUGGAGAGCAUCAGUUUUCAGUGGUAUUGUGGCAUUACUUGGAUGCAUUAUGUACAUUGCCAUGGUGGUAAUGAUCCGCAGGAAGAAGGCAGCGCAAGACAUGCUACCAGUACAUAAUGUGGUACUCAAUCAGCAGAUGGAAAAUAAAAUGAUGAAGGAAUCACAGGCGUAA